AUGGAAGGCUCUCGCAAAUUUCUAGCCGGACGGAGAUGCUAUAGAGCCGAUGGCGUAACUUAUUUAGUUCUAUUCGGAAUGAGCCCUUAUAACGGGCAAAAUUUCGACAUUCUGGAGAGUGAGCUGAGCAAUAGCGGUGUCAUUCUUGGGGAUUUUCUCAUGGCCAACUUAACCGCUCAAAACAAAUUGAAAGAUUUUGUUCGGAUUCGGUAUCCAUUGGAUGUAAAAGUCGAAAAUAAUUUUGCAAUAAUGAAGUUUGCAUCUGCCGCAGCUACUCGAGACUCGGAAGGGGUGCUUGUAUUCAGAACAAAAGAUUUCGGACCAGUGAAGUCAGUGAAUCAAGAGUUACCUCUUGGAAGUUACGAAAUUGUUAUAAAAGCAGCAGAUUCAAUCACAAACUACAACAUAACGCUAUGUGCUGAAGCAAUAGCAACAGCCGCGUCUCUAUUGGUUAUGAAUACUCCAGCUGUUCACAACUUUUAUUCUGUUCACAACCCCACAAACAGAGCAAAAAGGGAUGGUAUUCCGAACCCAAUGAGCGCCUAUGAAUAUAUGAAUUCAAGGGCAUCGUCCAUCAAGUCUGAAGGGCAACAAUCUAGCACAAAUUACCUGGAGCUCGAAAACUCAUCAAGACCCAUGUCUCUAACUAUGAGUCAAUUAAUCGACAAUCUACCAGAAGUUCAUUUAACGCAAGACACGCCAACUCCGAAACCAAGGGGUAUUCUUGGUGUUUCUAAAGCUGAAGUCAAACCGCUGAAGCCAAUUAGUAAAAUUCUAAAAGUGAAACCAAACGCGAUUCCGGCUGCAGCAGUAGCUCCAAUGCUUGUGCACGAUGUAGAACCUUCCAGAAAAAUGAAAGCCUUCGUUCAUUCCGCUCUUGAACAUUCUCCGAGUUCAAGAUUCCAUUUCCUGUGGAUUUGUGAUGUUCAGCAAGACUCCAUAUUAAAACUUCCAGGUUAUGAACUUAAUCUGGGUCAUUUUUUCGAAGGAGUUUUUCAGAAACAGCCAUCAGGCCAGUGGGAAUGCAUUGAGUAUGUGCGUUCAAUUGCUCCAUUUAUGAAGGGAAGCAUUGUUCUUGGUAAAGUGGAGAUAACGACUCCAAUCUCCAACUACCAACAAUCCCAUGCAGAGUUCAAAUACCCAUGUGUCACAGCAAAACAUCUGGGUAUAAUCAUUGACCAAAAAUGCUUUCUCACUCCCAAUUGCAAUGGAAAGCUAGUGACGGUUCAAAAGCGAAGACAAAAUCAGGGAAAAAACUUUGUAUGGGUCAUCACCGGACUAGUCUAA